AUGAGCACAAAAACCCCGCUGAAGGUUGCGGUCUUGGGACCUACAGGCCAAUGCGGCAGCUGUGUGGUGGACGAGCUCUUAUCGCGUGGCCACACAGUCGUCGGCAUCUCUCGCAAUCCACCUAAGGAAUGGAAAGGCAACGAGCGCUACUCAGCUGUCCCGGUGGACAUCCAGGACACGGAGAAACUCGCCAAAGCAUUUUCCGCCGGCUUCGAUGCUAUCGUCUGCGCCUUCUCGCCGUCUCUUUCAGACCUAUCCACGACAUACGAAAACGGAGUGGAGGGUCAUGGAAGGAUCAAGACCGCACUUCUCCGAUCGGCCCAUACGGGAUCAUUCAUCAUAAUCGGCGGGGCGGGGUCUAUCCACGGUAGCGACGGUAUCCAGCUCGUCGACCGGCCAGACUUCGCAUACAGUUGGUGGUACAACUGGCCAGAGGUUCAUUUGAACUACAUGCGCACGCGAGCGUACGACCAUAAAUCGAGAGGACUGGGGAGGUUCGUGACUGGAUUCAAGUGGGCGAGGGCCAAUGUGCAGCAUCCAGGAUGGUUCUCAUGGAUGUUCCGCCCUUUUGCCCUUCUUUACCUGCGUUGGGCAAAGAGCUUUCUUACCCACAGACACGGACGGUCGCUGAUAACACUGUCUCGGAUGGCAUUGACCAUGUGGGAGGGUGUGAAGGACAAACAAUGGUCUUUCUUGUCACCCCCGGGUUUACUCAGGGAUAAAGGAGUACGCACGGGGCAAUAUCAGCUACACAUUGACGGCGAAGGCAGCUCAGGAGAUGCUGCAAUUGAUGGCGGCAUAUACAAUGAGGACAUGGCCGUUGCCAUUGUUGAUGAGGUGGAGAAUAAGAAGCUGACGUUCAAGCACUGGAGCUGUACUGGGAAAAUUGGCUUGAAAGAGUGGUAG